AGCGAGUGAGUGUUGACUUGCGACUGUAGAGGAACUGAACACUGAACGAAACAAAGGAUCAUUCAGAGAAUUCAGUUAUUGUGGCAUGUUUGGACCGACUUACCACCGGUGGAACAGUUAUACGUUACAGAAUGAGCUGCAGUCCUCAGCCACAGUCUAUCAACUACCCCCAAGAGGACGAUGAGACUCUGAGCAAAGAUGGUACAAUGGAUAGUGCCUUGGCCAGCCAUCGGUCAAAACAGCACAGUCCAUCCUCUGACAGCUUCCUCUACAAAUUCCCAAAUGCCACAGUGCAGCCUUCCAGGAGACAGUGUGGUGCCUCCAACCUUUCUUUCACCAGUAACUUCAGCAGAAACUCUGGCACAAACUGCUGCAACGGAAAGUCCAGCUAUGUCCCCUACCAGCAGCCACUUGGACUCCCAACAGGCUACAGCCAGCCGACGCCGUUCCCAAGCCGGUCGGAGGCGUCCCUGAGUACCUUUGACUCGCGCGAAGGCGUCUGGCGCCACCCAACGCCCGCCAGUGACGUCUCUGUGGAUGGCUACUCAGUUGGAGCUCUGCAUUCCUUCAUGGUCUCUGGAGGUCCCUCCACCUACCCGUCGGAGAGGAGCUACUCCCAGCCCCACUGCAGCUCCCUGCCUCUCCCGGGGAGGUGCAGCCACCAGCAGGACAGCCUGGAGCAGCCGCACUCCCUCCACUCCCUCCCCAUGCCACACAACCAUCACCUGUACCCCCAGCUGCUGUGGAGGACGGCCUGCCGUCCCCCGUGCCCUGUGGAAGUGCUGAUGAUAGACCCGAAACCCCAUCAGGGUCCUGGGAACCACAGACCCUACGGGCCCUCCUGCACUAAUGGAAUCAGGCCUUUACACAGAAACUGCAUUCAUAGAGACCACACUCCUGUGAACCCUGGACUAAAGUCGGACACAGCAAAGCUCUCAUUCGAACAAAGAAAGGUGUUUGUCACAUAUGAGACAGAUAAUGACGAACAUGUGAAGGAGGUCAUCAAGUUUGUGGCAUUGCUGAGGCACAAUGGCUUCUUCACACAUAUUGACAUGUUUGAACAGCAGUACAGAAGCAUCAACAAGAUCGACUUCAUGGAGCGUUACAUCAGCGAGAAAGACUAUUUGAUUAUUAUUGUUAUCAGUCCAAAGUACUACAACACAGUGACAAACACAACAGACUAUGUGGAAGAUGAUGAGACCUUGAACACUGUUUAUAUCCAUAAGCAGCUUCAGAAUGAAUUUAUUCAUAAUGGCUGCAAAAAUUUCAGGUUUAUACCUAUUCUGUUUCCAGGAACUAGAAAGUGUCAUGUCCCCGGAUGGCUUCAGAACACGCACAUUUACAGCUGGCCCAGGGACCGAGAUGACAUCCUGCGGCGGCUGAUGCGUGUGGAGAAGUACACCCCCCCACCCAUCGGCCCACUUCCCACCAUCGUCUCUGUCCCCAUCUAGCGCCCUCUUUAGGCCUGGAGUUGUGGGGGACACUCUGCAGUUGGCCAUACCAACAGUGGACUUCGUAAAGGCUGACCGUUACUACAUCGAAUUGAGUUGGAGCAGCAUCAUCUCAACGGAGCACUGAUGGACUGGUUAACAACUACGGCAGUGAUGACACUUGAUAAUGCACAGGAAGCUCAGUGCUUGCAUGAUUUUACUGCCAUGACAGAUUAACCGGUUUAACAGGUUAACGGUUGUAAUCGUUAACCUUCACUUUCAAAGCUGCCGUACCCCUAAGGCUACCUAAGAAGGCUACAAGCCAUGGUGAUCUAACAAUUUCUCAGGUUUCCCUACAUAUUAGCGUGCAAUUUGUUUGACUGUUGAUCUCUGAUGUUUUACACACCAACAUCUUCGAGAACGUAAAGAUUUGCACAUGAUGUACGAGUGUGCAUAAUGUUUUAAAAAAUGGAAUAAAAUAUCCUAGUUUAAUGACUUGUGUAUAGUGUUACAGAAGACUGCACAUACUGUCAUUACCAUCCAUAAUUAUCCUAUUCACACACAAACUUUAUGAUUUAUUUAUGAUGCCCCUAGGCUUAGGACACACAGGAGACGCACUCUCAGUGCGUGCAUACCUUGGGCACAUCAGCUGUGAUUGCUUGUUUUUCCACUUUUCUUCUCUUAAGCGGUCAUGGGAAUACUGCUUUGUGUAUGAAACUGCUUUCUUCAGUCUAUGUAGCCGGCAGGGCAGAGAGGACCGACGCUAAUACGUAGAGGGACAUCUUCUGGGGAGAAAUGAAUACCUGUUAAGGUUCAAGCCACUUGAAAUUCCCACGAGUUCCUGCAGUGGGAAGAUACCUUUUGACUCUGCAGGCAAUACUGUCGUGUCAUCUAUGGAAAAGACACACACUGUAUAAUAUUAAUUUGAAGACUAUUAUCAUGGGGUUGCUGUGGAUUUUGCAUCAUCAUAUAGAAAUCAUAGGGAGGUUUGAACAGUAUGCAGGAACACACCUGUCAUUAACUCUAGCUGCCCAGCGUGUGUAGUUCUGUGGUCCAGGUCAGAAACACAGCCAAAACACAACAUUGCCAACAGACACAUGUUAUAGCAUGUUAUCAAACAGACCCAACUGUGGUGUUACAGCUGCUUCAAGCUUUUUGUAGCUGGGAAUUUAUACUAAAAUCUCCUACUCAUAUUUAUAGAUCACCUGCAACUGCCUCGAUUUGAAACCACCAGUCACAAAAACAGCCAAACAGGCCAUUCUGACAUGUCAUGUCAGCAGGUAUGGCUGAAUCGUUUGCACUACGACAGAAUAUUUCCAUUAUUUAGGCUGAUCUGUGCGCUAAUUUCAGACAUUAGUCAUGCUGCUACUGAAGUUUUCCAUUUCUUUGAAUGGACCGUUCUAAGGAGCGGAGAUAAAUCAAACACCCACUCUUUCAUUUUGUUAUUCUGCAUAUUAUUUUGUUGUUUGUUUCCUGGUCCGUGGCCUUUUCCUAUUCUUAUAGGUGCAAAUGCUGCAGCCUCUGCUUCUUAGUCCUGACCUAGCA